AUGCGAGAGCUCCCUCCUCUACAACUCGACGGCAUCGAGGCGGAGAUGGAAAACGGGAACGCACCACCUGAUACUUCGAAGAGCUCAGACGAGCCCAAUCAGCCUUCGUUCCGGCCCCGCUCGAAGACUCAGAAGCAACACCGGGCUAGAUACCGCUUUCUCACUCCCUCAGAAUGGGCUAUCGUUGCUCAUGGCAUCGGUGUUGUCAAUGACACCGAAGGACACACUGCUCUUCAUCCUUCCUGCUGGUAUUACCCACCUAAAGGUAUCCCCAAUGGCCUGUACCGAGAUGUCAUCUGGCAUCGGACCAAGUACUUCUACAUGUACCACGGCAUGAGCUCCAUUCGAUGGGUUGCCUACAUUCUACAAAUCAUUCUCGGAGCAAUCCUGACCGCAAUCGGUUCAAUGUCUUUCAAGAACGGCACCCCCAUCACCAUAAUUGCGGCUACGAACACUAUCAAUGCUGGAAUACUCGCACUUUUGCACAAUAGCGGACUGCCUGACCGUUACCGCUCCGACCAGGCGGAGUUCGAUGAAGUCGAAGACUACCUCAAGCAGAUUCUCGACACUGGUGUUGUCCCCGAGAAUAUGUCUGUCGACCAAGCUCUCGUCCACUGCUUCGGUCUCUACCAUGAGGCUAAGAAAACCGUAGCGGCAAACAUCCCAGCAACUUACACUCCCAGUUCGGUACUUGGAGCUGGCCAGCAGAUUGGCGAACCGCAGAAACCCGGCGCAUCAGGUCCGGCGACACCCAACGCAGCCAGCUCAGUCAUUGCUACCAGACUUUCAGUGGCAUCACCAAAGACAGCCGAGGCACAGGCUAUCGAAGAGAAAUGA